GGAACGGCUUCUCUUCCUCCGUAGAGUUUCUGGAUCUUUCUCGCUGGCUUCCUUUUGCACCGUCAGACUGCCUUGUGAUAAAGUUGUUCAUGGGAAUGUUGCCUACCUGCAAGCAAGUCAGCUGCAUCAUCCUGAUCUACUGAUUAAUACUACAGAUACUCAGUUUGCCUGAAUCCAGUCCCUGUUGUUCUGAAGGAUUCUUUGUUAUUUUUGUGGUGAAACGGAACAAGUUUCUUGUUUCAUCUUAUGUCAUUUUUUUUGGCAAAUCAUCUGCUAAAAACCUCGUGUUAUUCACAUUUUUCAGGUAUUUAGGUUACAUUUUGUGUCAGUUUUGUUUUUUUCCAGAACAUGCAGGGAGUUCUCUGUUUUGUUCAGUGAGCUGGGUGUGGCAGGACAGGGAUUGGGACGGACACACACAGACAGCCCUUCACCCUGGGAAUGGCAAGAAUCUGUGGAGUGAGGUGCAGUGGUGGUGGGGGGGAUCUCCUGUUAUCAAAUACCAGGCAGCUGUUCACUCCAUGACAUCAAGUGAACAUGAACAUCAGUGAAGUGUGUAAAGCACAGCAGAUAAUACGUGAAAAUAAUCAGUUCACAUAAUGCUGUGAUACAGCCGGCUAUACACGUUUAGUUUGUGUAAGUCUGCUCUAAAGAUAAGCUAGCUAUCCAUUUCUUUAGUGUAGUUGUUGUCACUGUGUUCUACUCUACGGAUAAACUUAAGUAAUAUCAAUCAGUACGUUUGUACUGUGACCUUUGGUGAAGUGCAGUUCUUUGUUAUCUGUGUUAUCUGGUGACGUGUGUGUGUGUGUGUGAGGGAGUGAGAGACAAACGUAUAUCAGCAGUGCAUCUGCCACAUAAAAGCGCUGUAGUUGAGAGACCACCCUUUAAAAAACAAAAAUAAUCACUAUCCUGUGAAUUCUCAUCAGGCCGGCUUCUCCACUAAAGCGGUGCUGUGGAUGGUGUCGUUAGUGCUGCUGGGUGUUGGCAGUUGAGUGUGAUUGACCGCCGGUCUCCCGUCCGUUAACGGCAGCGUGAGAGUAUUUCAGGGUUGUGUCUGGAGUGUGACCUACAGUGACCUUGGUAAGCCUCGUGCAGCCCUACCAGCACGAGGUAGGGCUGCACGAGCCCUACUUGUUCUAGGUGAGCUUGUCUGCACUGCUCCCAGCUGGAAAGAGAGGAAGUUGCAUUCAGUGUUCACAAUUGCAACCGUUUUUCUGCUUUUAAUCUGUGUUAAGACGACAUGAAACCAAAUGUUAGGUCUGUAACUUCUGUUAUGAGUUUAUGUCAGAAUCUAAUGACUAUCUUUGUGCUUUAACAUGGGUCGAACAGGCAGUGAUUUCAGCUUUUGAAUGUGUUGUUUAAGCCACUUAUAUAAGCAUAUUCCUAUUACCAAAUCAGGCUGAUAUUGUACGGGGAAAGAAAACAUUUUUUUGCGAGGCCAUUUGUGUUUUUAUGUGUGGGUGUGUUUGUGUUGGUGGUGGAAAAAGUUGUGCCGAGUGUAGGGACGUUAAGUGCAGCUCUUGAUGAAUAAUGCAUUUUUUUUAUUAUUUUUUUACCGCCCGUUCUCACAGCAACAAAAAUCAAGAGGGACACUCUCGAUCAGACUGUUGAGACUCUUCCAUUCUGUCACCUUCAGAGGGGCGAUCUGGGAGGAAACGGGGAGAAACCCCUGAAUCCACCACUUCUUCAGGCUGCUUGUUGGCACAGUCUGAACAGUAUUGACCUCGAUCACACUUCACCACGAGAUAUCAAUAAAUCAAAAAAAGAUGAAAGGAGAGUCAGGUAGAUGGAAAUUAUGCAGAAGAUUCUAAUGUUCUUCCCUGCCUCCCACUCUCUCUCUCUUUCUCUCAUAAUAUAAAUGAGACUCACCCACCCAUUUGGUACUUAGGUGGUUUAUCACACAGCCAGCUCUGGACAGCCCUCGUCUCUCUCUCUAAUACAUUUAUGCAUGCAGCCUUUUUUUAUCCCUCUCUCGCGCUGUCUCUCUUACAUGCAAACACACACACAGUCCCGGGUUGUUUGCUCAGUGAUGGAUGCUGGACAUAAAGAUGGACCCGGUGGAAAGGUUUCACAUAUCAGGGUGUGUGUGUGGUCCGUUGAGUGGAGAGCAUGUACGUGUGUGUCUUUGAGUCCAUGUGUGUUUCUGCAGAAGACCCGCUUCGCUCUGCUGACGAUUUUCAAGACUCGUCCUUUUGGCUCAGCCUUCAGCGAGCGUCUGCCACUCCUCUGGCUGCUUCGGAGAAAAUUACUUUUUCCUCAUUUCCCUCUCUUUUAGCUGCUUUCUUUUUCUUGAUGAGCUAAGCUGAGCCAGUGUGGCUUUUCUUCUCCACCUCCUCCUCCUCCUCUUCCCUUUUGUUCCUCAGUGAGGUGUGUCCAGAGAAACCGGACUACUGGAUUUAAGCCUCUGAAUUGUCAGUGUUGAGGGAGCGUCUGUGCCAUGUUGGGGCCGGCAACUCGUCGGGACUGCAGCGGUGUCCUGCUCUGCUUUGGGUGUUGGAAUGGUGGAAUGGCCGAGUCUGGUUAUGGGUCAGAAACCAGUCUCAGGCGUCAUGGUUCCAUGCUGUCUCUUACCUCAGCAGCCAGUGCCUUGUCUGCCACGUCCACAUCCUCCUUCAAGAAGGGGCACAGGUUGCGUGAGAAACUAUCAGAAAUGGAAACCUUCCGGGACAUUCUGUGCAGACAAGUGGACACGCUGCAGAAAUACUUUGACUCCUGUGCUGAUGUUGUCUCCAAAGAUGAAUUCCAAAGGGACAGAGUAGAGGAGGACGAGGAAGACGAGGAAGACUUUGCUACAACUGCAAGAGCCGAGGGGGAACAUAAUCAAAACAACAAUGGCAGCAAAGAGAAAUUGUUUCCCCCCGCCAGUCCCAAAAGUAUGAAUGGAAUAGACUUCAAGGGGGAGGCCAUCACCUUCAAGGCCACCACAGCAGGCAUCCUCUCUACGCUGUCGCACUGCAUCGAACUGAUGGUCAAACGAGAGGACAGCUGGCAGAAGAGGCUGGACAAGGAGCUAGACAAGAGGAGGCGGGUAGAAGAUGCCUACAAGUCUGCUAUGAAUGAGAUGAAGAAAAAGUCCCACUACGGAGGCCCAGACUACGAGGAGGGGCCCAACAGUCUGAUCAAUGAGGAUGAGUUCUUCGACGCGGUGGAAGCUGCUCUAGACAGACAGGACAAGAUGGAGGAGCAGUGCCAGUCAGAGAAGGUCAGGAUACCACGAAUAACUCCAGUUCCUCCAGGAGACGCCUACUCCACCAUCGGUACUCACCGAUUUGCCGCCAAGCCCCAUAGCCAUUCUUCCUCCCUGUCUUCCGUUGAGCUAGUCAGUGCUUCAGAUGACAUUCACAGAUUCAGCGCUAAGGUGGAGGAGAUGGUGCAGAAUCAUAUGACCUACUCUCUUCAAGAUGUAGGCGGAGAUGCCAACUGGCAGCUUGUAAUAGAAGAAGGAGAGAUGAAGGUUUACAGGAGAGAGGUGGAGGAGAACGGCAUCGUGCUGGAUCCUCUCAAAGCGACACACGCUGUGAAGGGGGUGACGGGACACGAGGUCUGCCACUACUUCUGGGACACGGCGGUCCGAAUGGACUGGGAGACCACCAUUGAAAAUUUCAACGUUGUGGAAACGGUCUCUGACAAUGCCGUCAUUGUUUACCAGACGCACAAGAGAGUGUGGCCGGCCUCUCAGAGAGAUGUGCUCUAUCUGUCGGCCAUCAGGAAGAUCUUGGCAACAAAUGAAAACGAUCCCGACACGUGGCUGGUCUGCAACUUCUCUGUGGACCACGACAAAGCCCUUCCCACAAACCGGUGCGUUCGUGCCAAAAUCAAUGUCGCCAUGAUCUGCCAAACCCUGGUGAGCCCACCAGAGGGUGAUAAAGAGAUCAGCAGAGACAACAUCCUUUGUAAGAUCACCUAUGUUGCCAAUGUAAACCCAGGAGGUUGGGCUCCAGCCUCAGUCCUCAGAGCCGUGGCCAAGAGAGAGUAUCCAAAGUUCCUCAAACGCUUCACCUCCUUCGUCCAGGAGAAAACAGCUGGAAAGCCCAUCCUCUUCUGAACACAAAGAGCCUUGCGAAGGUUCCACUGGAGAGACUACGUUGUUCACCGUUGAAUCGGCUCUCAAUGACUACAUGACUCAUUCACCUGUCGAUUAGAAUGUGUUUUCCAGCUACUACGUUCAGGACACUAUAUUAUUCAGGACGUCCCACAGGACACCUGCUUGUAGAGGAGACUGGUUUUACAGCUUUAAUCCAUCAGUAGUUGUCAUCCCAGCUACAUUAACAUGGCUUAACACCAUCUGUUGGUCAUGGAUACAUUUGUAUGUAAAUGUAAGAGUUUCCUAAGUGGUUUUUGAAUUGUUGUUACCAAUUAUUUGCUUUUUUUUUGUAAAUUGUUUUGUACAUUUCUUAUGAUUACAUACUUUUUGGGGUUCGAUUUAAUCACUAGUAUUACAGCUACUUGUUUUGCUGCUGCUAAAGUUACUACCAUGAGGGAGGGAAGUAGAUGUUGACAGGAAGAGCAUUGAUCAGGUGUGGACCUCUUUGCCUUCUCCUGUCAAUCUAGUGAUCACUCUCUUUGCAGUUUGAUGGGGGGGGCCAGAGCCUAAAGCUUUGUAAUCUUUAUGUUUCUAGAUUGUUAUAAAGUAGCUUUCGGGGAGCACCAGGGACACAAUGUAUUGUACAGAGAAAACCGAAAACGUUUUCAGUUAGUUUACCGAUGUGAGAAAUGUGAAUUGACUGUUAAAAGCUUGAAUUUGGUGACAGUAAUGGGCUAAGGCAACCUGGAGUAGGACCUAAAGAGCAUUCGCUAAGUCUAAGGUCACAUUGGACAAUGUUUUAGACACGGUUGAUGGUGAUAAUCAAAAAUUGCAUGUCAAUAAUGGAGUUGACUGCCGUCUAUAGAUGCUAAGUUGCGGCCUAUUGUAAGUGGGUAUCUGUAUGUAAUCUCUGCGUAACGGCGGUUUCUGACAGAUAGUUGCAGAUGGCCAGCCAUAGUGUCUGAUGUACGGACUCCUCUCUUUCAUUGAGAGGCGAGUACAUUUUGUACACCCUGGGUAGUUUUUCACCACUUGGAGGCCCCUGAUAGGGCAGAAAGAAUUCAGUCUGUGCAUUCAUGAGUGUCAGGUUUGUAAAUUAGUCCCGUUGCUAUCGUAAGGAUAAGGUAGAAUUGUAAAAUGCUGAGUAGGAUAUCAUCUAUACCUUAGACUCUUAGUUAUAUUCUAACAUUACAUUUCACAUGCCACACUACAGUGCAGUGGCCUCCUGCCCUUUGACUGAUAAACUAUCCCCAGAACGCCUUAGACACCAGGACCAAUCCUAAAGUUCCUGGAUAUCUUUACUGUACAGCCACCAGAUGUGCAUUUAUCAACACUGAAAUGAAGUGGGGACGGGGGAAGGUUUAGCAUUUCAUAUCAUCUUACCUCAAGAUGUACAUUUACAUCAAUGUUUGAUGCCAUCAUAGGUUGGGAGUUUUGCAAUCAGUUGAUCUUUAUGGUUGAAAAUUUCACCAUCACAUUUUCGGUCCAAGGGGUCAGAGGUUACAAAGGAUCUGGAUAAUUGUUUUUCUGAUGAUUACAAAAGCUAGAUCUAUGAGCAAUGUCAGCUUAAGAAUGCCUCCAGUGUUUUUAAUUUUGAUAUUUUGUCUGUAAUCUACACACUUUGUAUAUUUCUAAGUUGUACAUCAGAAGUGUUAUUAUUUGCACUAAAUGACAAUGUUCUGUAAAUUAAAAUUGUUAUACAAGUA